AUGGAAAUAAUUGAAGCUGCCCCGUGUUUUCAGAUGCAUGGAUCGACACCUCAAUUCCUCUACACCAGGAUUAUAUACAGAUUUGAGGGUGAAUUAUAUAGUUCUCGAACCUCUCAGAGAAUCCCAUCUGGGAGCAAAGACAUCGAUCCGCGGUUGCUUACCAACACUACUCUUAUACCAAUCGACGCAUACUCUCAACGAUUCACCACGGGUAUGACCAGAGCUCCGAACCCACCGCCGCCCAACACUUACAUCAAACGGCCGAACUUGUUAGCAUACGACGCGAAACUUUCGCCUGACUUGCACACGCUUGACGAGAUCCAAGCAUGCGAAAUACUCAAGAUGCAUCCGCACGAAAAUUUGGCCAUUUAUUUCGGCUGUGUGGUUUCGAGCGAUGAUCGAGUGCUUGGCCUUUGCUUUGAAGCAUAUUGCCAAACCUUAAUGGAAAGGGUCAAUCCAUGCCACUUGAACAAACAACACCCUCCACAGUGCAACUCCACAACCGCCGAUGUAUACAUCUCCGCCAUUCGGAGCGGAAUUCAGCAUAUGCACUCCCUUAACCUUGCACAUAACGACCUCAAUCCGAGCAACAUCAUGUUUGACGCACUGGACAAGGCUGUAAUUAUCGACUUUGACUCAUGUCUCCCCUUUGGCUCUUCUCUUAGUACUGCUAAGAGGACUCCUGGGUGGUUCAAUCCGGAGAACAAGAUUUCCGCCCCGGAGAAUGACUGGGACGCUCUCUCGGAGAUUCACGCUUGGUUGCAUGGCUCUGUGGAGAAAUACAAGUUCACUUGA